CCGUCCCGGUUCCGGCGCGGUAGAGGCUCGGGUGGUGAACAGUCUCCGGCACCAUGUCUGGUUUGUCUGGCCUGUCUGGCCCGCAAGCCCAGCGUAGGCCUGGCCCGGUAGCGUUGCUGGUGUUUCUCCUGCUCGUCCCCAGAUCGGUCUUCGCCAUUUCUUUCCAUCUUCCUGUGAACUCCCGCAAGUGCCUCCGCGAGGAGAUCCACAAGGACCUACUGGUGACCGGCGCCUACGAAAUCAACGACCAAUCUGGGGGCGUUGGCGGCCUGCGCACCCACCUCAAGAUCACAGAUUCUGCUGGCCAUAUCCUGUACUCCAAGGAGGAUGCAACCAAGGGGAAAUUUGCCUUUACCACUGAAGAUUAUGACAUGUUCGAAGUGUGUUUUGAGAGCAAGGGAACAGGGCGGUUACCUGACCAACUCGUGAUCCUAGACAUGAAGCAUGGAGUGGAGGCGAAAAAUUAUGAAGAGAUUGCGAAAGUUGAGAAGCUCAAACCUUUGGAGGUGGAGCUGCGGCGCCUGGAAGACCUCUCCGAGUCCAUCGUAAACGACUUUGCCUACAUGAAGAAGCGAGAGGAGGAGAUGCGCGACACCAAUGAGUCAACAAACACUCGGGUUCUAUACUUCAGCAUCUUUUCAAUGUUCUGCCUCAUUGGACUAGCCACUUGGCAGGUCUUCUACCUUCGUCGCUUCUUCAAGGCCAAGAAGUUGAUCGAGUAAUAAGGCCUGCGCUCCUCCCACCUUGUCUCUCAGCCAGCAGAACAUCACCGGACAUGCCUGGCCCUCAGGCAUGCUACCAACAGCACCAUCAAGGCACACUGGGACUUCCUUGCCGGAACUGAUCUUGCUUGGUGUGGGAGGACAUGGGUUACCCCAACACCCAACAAGUCAUCAAGGGACUUUUUUUUUAACUUGAUAGCAUUUGGACUGGUUUUGCAACAAUAGGACUGUUAUUAGAGUCACCUAUGACAAAAAAUAGGGGUUACCCAGGUAAUGCCAAAGCCAGCAUUUGUACUGGGUUUCCUCAUGUGAUCCGGUUGAACCAUGUUUUAUUUUCUUCUCCCACUUGCUCACUAGCUUGGGCUUCCACCCUAGUUCCUUUACCAAGAUUCGAAUGACCAUGUGGAACUUGUUUCAUUCUAAUUGUCCUUUUUCAGAUUUCUGUGUGAAAAACACCCUUAUCUUAACCCUUAGCUGAAAUGUUUAGGUAGCUUCUGGUGAUAUCCUUUCAUAAUUCUUUGUCUCUUAAAAGGGUGAUUUCUAUGUGACACAUAGAAAUGAGCUUUGAACUAUAGAUUAUUCUUACAGAAAAUUUCAAAAUUUCAUUUUAGAGAAUUAAAAUAGUUGUGCACAAGUGCUUGAAUUUUUUCGUGUAUUUAGUUCUCUGCAGUUCUGUUACAUGUGUAGAUUCAUGUGACCCCCCACUGCAAAGUGCAGCCCGGCUCCAUCACACGGGUCCCUCGUGCUACCUUUUACAGCCACAGCCCCUGCCCUUCCUUAUCCCCAAACCCCCACGCCUGGCAACCACUAAUCUGUUUCCCAUGUCUCCGAUUUUGUCACUGCUAGAACAUAAUAUAAAGGGAAUCAUACAGUAUGUGACCUUUUGAUUAACUUUUCCACUCAGCAUAAUUCCCUUGAAGUCCAUCCAGGUUGUGGCAUGUAUCAGUAAUCAACAGUUUUUUCACUGUUACUGCUCAGUGGUAUUUCAUGGUAAGGGUGUACCAGUUUGGUUUAUCAUUCACUCGUUGAAGAACAUUGGGGUCGUUUUCAGGUUUGGGCCAUUAGGAAUAAAGCUUCUGUGAAUAUUCAUGUACAGGUUUUUAUGUGAACAUAAAUUUUCAUUUCUCUGGGAUGAAUGCUGAAGAGGGCGGUUGCUGGGCUGUGUGGUCAGCACAUGUUUAUUUUUUAAAGAAACCACCCUACUCUUUCCAGAGCGAGUGUGCCAUUGUGUUUAUGUUCCCACCAGCAAUGGAUGACCAAUCAGGUUUCUCUGCCCUCUUUGGUAUUUGCUGUUACUACUUUUUAUUUUAGUCAUUCUGAUAGAUGUGUGUAAUGAGACCUCAUUAUGAUUUUUAUUUGCAUUUUCCUGAUGGCUGAUGAUGUUGAACAUCUUUUCAUGAGCCUGUUUGCCAUCUGUGCAUCUUCCGUGAAAUAUCUGUUCAUGUCCUUUGCCCAUUUUCUGAUAUUCUUGGUACUAAUGAAUUUUGAGAGCUCUGUAUGUAUCCUAGAUCCAAGUCCUUUGUCAGAUAUGCGGUUGCUUGAAUUUUUAACAUAACAUCUACCAAGGAAAAAAAUCAGUACAAUUUCACCAGGUCUUCUUACAUGGCCAGUCACUGACUUAAUUCUUGUCCUUCUGUGUCCCCCUGAGACAUAUGAGGUUUAAAACACACACAUAACACCAGGAGGAUCAUCAUGACUAAAUACUUGAGAAUAUGUGUUAUGAAAGCAAAAGCAAGAAUCACUCUAAGAAUAUGAGGUUCGCAAAGGACAAUACUAACGUAAAUAAGAACGUGGAUAAAAAUGACCAUGUUUGUAAAAAACGGUUAUAAAAAAAUACUAUCACUUGAAAUUUUCCCCACUUCUCCCAGGAAAGGAGGUAGGAAUUUGUCCCUUUGUAAUCUCUGUUUUAACCCUCCUGACUGUCACGGGCCUUGUGUAACUGCAGUGGCAAGAAUUACAGGACUUGGGGCCACACAGCUUGCAGUUAAGCGGCACACUGGAAUUAACAAGGGAGGUGACCUGGAUGAAGUACAAAGGCGGAAGAGGACGUGAGUUAUGUCAUCAAAAUCUCAGGCUGUUCUGUUAAUGUUCCAGCUAUUGUGAACCCCAAAGCCUUUUUCCCUCUUUUUUUGGCUCCCUGUAUGAAUUUCUCUGGUGUGGCAUGGAAGUGGUUCUUUCAUUAAUCUGUGCAACAUUGCCACCUGCUGUUAAGAAUUGAUAGGCACUGCUGAGAACCUGGCUGCUGAAUCCUUGCUGUAAAGGCAGCAGGUGUCGAGAAGGUCUGUGUUGUUAACUGUACAGAACGACAGGAUACACCAAAGUAGGAAAGAGAAUGACCAAAUUUGUGGGUUAAGAUCAAUCCUUAGACAUUUAGAGAUGAAAUGUUGUACCGUUAGCCUGAUAAGAUACUCGCACAUUUCUGACUGGUGCUUUUCCCCUUAUAGCAGCAAUGAAAACGACUCAGUUGGUUAUGAUACUGUGUUCUGACCAAAUGUCAAUGAAGGAAAUAGAAGAGAAUAUUUUAUUUUGCUGAUGAUUUUGUUCCCAAAUGUGACUUUAUGAAACUAAAAUUAUUUCAUGUCCUUUUUAUUCAUGCCAAAACUACCAACUCGGACAUUUGUGCUUUUGGUUUAAAAUUCAUUGAUAUUACACCUAGAUGUUAUCUAAAGAGUAAAUUUAUUUGCCUUCGAUGAAAGGCUAGUGCAAGAGCAAAUCAGCUUUAGAAAUGAGAGUGUUGCCUGGUUUCUUCUUGUUUCUGAGCCUAUUCAACACGAUCUGUAUGAUAUGGACGAGAGUGAUGCAGUUUAAGAAAGCUGUGUUACACCAUUGUCGUAAGCUCGUCAUAAGCCAUUUUUCUGCUGUUUAAUGGGAAGAGGCAUGUGAGAUUGAUACAGAUUCACUUGUGUUGGACGGAUUUUUGUGAAAAUUUUUCUCAAAUAAAGGCUAGCAGAAACCA